UCAAAUUUCUAUAGAUUAAAAAGCUAACAACUUUUCAAGCAAAGUCUACCUUUUGGAUUAUGAUGGGUUGCCUUUCUGCUUGUUUCUCUUCUUCCAAACAGAAAAAACGCCGUCAUUUGGUCAAUAAAUCUGCGUCUGUACACCAGAGGAGUAGAGCUGGUGAAGAAGCUCUUCAGGCUGCUAAAUCCACAAAAGAACAGAUCCAACAACCCAUUAAUCCCAUCGCAGAAUCCGAAGAAAAGCUUGAGGAUCCAAUUAGUUGCGGUACUGAAAAGAAAGUUAGAUUUAACUUGAGUCUCAAAGCCAGUGAGGAAUUUCCUACAGUUGGGAAAAAUGAGGAGGAGAAGAAGAGUGAAAAGAAAGAAGAAACGCCAGAAGAAAGCAAAUCACUUUCUACUUCCAAUUUGUUAACUCUAUUUUCUCAUCCUCCAAACAAUAGGUACCAAAACUGUGCAAGCACUGAUGAUGAUGAAUAUGAAGAUCUGGACUUGGAAGAAGAAAGUAGUUUAGAUGAUGGUUGUAAUGAUGAUAAAGAUGGUGAUGACUGUAAGAAGUUUGUUCCAGAAGAAUCAUCGGAAUCAUUAUUUUCAUUGUCAAUAGAGUCGAGGAAGCAAGUUUCUGAUGUUGAAUUGGGUGAAAAGGAGGUUACUAGUAGUCCAGUGCCAAAAUGUAGUUCUCCUGUUGCGGAACUUAAGGUGAUUGAGUUAAAUCGAAAUGCCCCGAAUAGGAAUCACUUUGUUGAUUCAGUGUUCAACCCAGUUGAAAAUGUUGAAUUGGGUGAAAAGGAGGUUUCUAGUCCGGUGGCAGAAUGUAUUUCUCCUGUUGCGGAACUUCAGGUGAUUGAGUUGAAUCGAAAUGCUCGGGAUGGGAAUCAGUUUGUUGAUUCAGUGUUGAACCCAGUUGAGAAUGUGACUCAAUGGAAAGCAAUCAAGCCAAAAGCACUAACACAUUUGCAGUCUCAGGAAAAGGAGAAUAUGUACCCGGAGAAUGCUUGGUAUGGUGAUGCCACUAUUGAACAGCCUAAUUUUAAGCACUCGACUCGGAAAACAAACCUGGGUUCUAAAGACAAGAAACUUUUAGACCAGGAAAUCACAGUUGAUACUAGUCUUUCGACCUGGUUGGUUGAAACUGAGGUUACACCUUUUUCUGAGGCUAGUACAAAUUCUGUUGGGAAUUCACCUUCCAUUGAUGCAAAAUCACCAAGAAAUCACGAAGACAGACCCAUUUUAGGAGCAUUAACCAUGGAAGAAGUUAAACAACAUUCUAUAUCUACAUCUCCAAAGAGAUCAAAAAAUUGGAGUCCUGAUGAAACACCCAUCAUAGGCACUGUUGGCAGCUAUUGGAGACAUACAGGGCAGACCCCAAAUUCAGAUUCAACCUCUUCUAGUAAAGGAAUGUCAAAACCUAGCAGCAGAAAUAGAAAGGAUGGAAGAGCCAAUUGGGAUGCUACCAGUUUCAAGACAAGGUUGGAUCAAGAAGUUUAGCUUGUCUUUUCAGAGUGUUUGAUUUGCAGUUCCAAGAUUCUAAUAGGUUUUGUGCAUAAGCAUGCAAGUUCCAGUCCUUCCUAGAAAUGUUAUAUAGCUUCUAGAGAUGGCUUGUAAAAGCUCGGUGAUACUAAUGAUAAAAGCUUAUAUGAUAAAUUUUGCUCGCUAGAAACAAGCUCUGAGCA